AACUCAUUGAUUUUAUUUUGGUGUGCUGUCGACCAUUGCAUCUGGCUUUGUAAGAAAAUAUAGUUACCAACAAGAGUUUGUUGAGUGUGGAUUUGUUACCAUUUUUUGUGUAUUUUUUGAUUCUUUCUAAACAAAAUGCCCAAUAAUCCGAUACUUUACUAUACUUUUGAUUUGAGUCCACCAUCUAGAGCGGUACUUCUUACUGCUAAAGCUCUUAAUAUUGAUUUGGAACUACGAAACAUUAACUUAAUGAAAGGUGAACAAUUAACCAGUGAAUUUCUAAAGCUAAAUCCACAACACACCAUACCACUGCUUAUCGAUAAUGGCGUAAUUGUGUACGACAGCCAUGCGAUAUGUGCAUAUAUGUGUGAUAAAUACGGUUCCGACGAUUCAUUAUAUCCAAAAGAUAUAGUUAAGCGAGCACACGUAAAUGCCAGAUUGCAUUUUGAUACGGGAUUUUUAUUUGCACGAUUGCGAAUAUUUUUCGAACCGAUUUUCUAUUGGGGAUCGUUCGAUGUACCAGACGAGAAACUCAAUUACAUCGCAAAAUGUUGGCCAUUGAUGGAAUCAUUUUUGGAAAGUUGUGAUUACCUUUGCGGUGAUGUUUUAACUAUAGCCGAUUUUUGUUGCAUUGCAACGGUAACAUCCUGCGAUGGCCUUGCACCAAUUGAUGGGGAAAAAUAUCCGAAACUAACGGAAUGGAUAAAUCGCAUGGAAUCGAAUGAAUUUUACAAGGCUGCACGGAUGGCUGAAGGAGCUGUUGCGUUUAAAACGUUUUUGACCAAUAAAAUACAGGAAAAUAAAAUUUUAUCAGAAGUUAAAGUGUAGACAUAUCACAUUUGAUUUAUGGCUUGUAUGUCAAAUCAUUUCUAAAUAAAAUCUCGAGAAUCAGUAGAUUUAAAGGAAACUUACAUACACUGAACGUUAACAAGUUUAUAAUCAAAUGUUUAAAGAAUAAAAAUGUCCAUUAUCCUUUUCUAUGAAAACCGAAAAUAGAAUAUUCA